ACGUCUCCAACUUUUUUUUUUUUCCCCCAAAAUUAAACAAUGGCCGAACGUCCCUCCAAGUUCAUCAGAAUGACGUUCGGCCAUUGUGAAGUCUCUGAAUUUCCACCGUAAUUUGAUAUAGCAGGUGGUCGAUUUAAUUCUGAUGAGCUUUCAAGCUACAGACGAGUUGUCCAGAACCCGAAGACGCAGCUAAGAGAACAAAAAGCAAGAAAUUGAGACUGCUUUGGUAAGUUCAUAUACAAAUCAAAAAAUCUAAAGGCUACUUGAAUACAUCAACCGUCAUGAAUGUUGGCUUUCAGAUGUUUGUGCUAAUGUGAAAGUGAAGAUCGAACUGUAGACAAUGUACAGUUAGUUUUCUGAACCAUGGUGACUCACCAAGCAGUUGCAGCUCUUUUCAUGGCUCAAGCUUUUGUUGGGUUUGAAUGCACAUAGAAUAACUACUUGUUUGAGUUGAAAUGGGAUCCCCAUGCUUUAUUUAGGGGAAGAAUCAGUCACACUUCUCACCUUUAAAGGUGUAUAAUUUUUUUAUAAGCUAAGGCUACGUAGAUAAUUUGAUUUGUUGUCUGAAUAUGGCUUCUGGUUUCAAAGGAAUAGCUGUUGUGAUUAUGGGUGUAAGUGGUGCUGGGAAAUCCACAAUAGGUGAGAUGCUGGCAAAUUUUAUGAAUGGCAAUUUUCUUGAUGCUGAUGAUUAUCACCCACUAUCAAAUAAAGAAAAGAUGCAUAAAGGGAUCCCUCUUUCAGAUGAAGAUCGAAUUCCUUGGCUUGAAACACUACGGGAUACCUUACGAGAGAGCUUAGUCAGCGGAAAAUCUGUGAUUCUUGGGUGCUCUGCUCUCCAGAAGCAAUACAGAAACAUUCUCAGAUCGGCUGACCCAAAUUAUGAAGUGGGAGGCUAUGCCAGUGUGGUAAAGUUUGUUUUAUUGGAUGCCCCGGCCGAAGUGCUUGCUGCUCGUUUAGAGAAAAGAGCUGCAGAAGGGAAGCAUUUCAUGCCGGCUAAGCUUUUGCAAUCUCAGUUAGACUUGCUUCAGAUAGAUGAAUUGGAAGGAAUAUUUAAGGUAGAUGCCACUCUAAGUCCACAGACCAUUAUAAGUAUCAUAUACACUUGGAAUUUUUCCACCUCAGGAGAAUAAGAAUCUGUAACCUGUCUCUUCAACAAUUAAAUUGGAAAUAAUUAUAUUAAACUCUCACCAUUGUAUAUGGAGCAAAAGACAACUAAAAUUCUUGUAAUCUUUGGUGUGAAAGAACUGAUGUAGGAAAUUGUAAGACUUGAUUCAUAUUGCAUUUGGAGAUAUUGAAGGAAAUUUACCAUUUUCUUAA